AUGACUAGCACACCUUCAAUUACUGCAGAGGUCUCCCCCAAACAUUCAUUGCCAAUUAAACACUCAAGCAUGGAAGAGGAUAAAGCUACUCCCUUUCGUGAACGGCUUCUUGGUGGUGGUAACACUUACCCAUCUCAUUUCCAAAAGGUUGUUGCAGAGUUAAUGGGCACAUAUAUUCUUAUAUUUGCCGGUUGCGGGUCUGCUUUAGUUAACAAAAUUCAAAGCCUUACCAUUGUAGGAAUAGCAUUGGUCUGGGGUCUAGUAUUGAUGGCCAUGAUAUAUACACUUGGGCAUGUGUCCGGUGCCCAUUUUAAUCCUGCUGUUACCAUUGCCUUUGCUGCUUCUCGGAAACUUUCAUGGAAACAAGUGCCUUUGUAUGUAUUGUCUCAAGUUCUGGGAGCAACACUUGCCAGUCUGACCCUGAGAGUGUUGUUUACUGACCAAGACAACAUUCACGCAACAACGACUCAAUACACAGACGCAACCUCUGACCUUGAAGCUAUCACGUGGGAAUUCAUAAUCACUUUCAUUUUGAUGUUCACCAUUUGUGGCGUUGCUACUGAUCAUCGAGCUAGUAGAGACUUUGCUGGAGUCGCAAUAGGUGUGACGUUGUUGUUUAAUGUCAUGAUUGCUGGGCCGAUCACUGGGGCUUCCAUGAAUCCUGCAAGGAGUUUAGGUCCUGCCGUGGCUUCUGGUGUUUAUAAAAAUCUUUGGGUGUACAUUGUCGCCCCCAUUAUUGGAGCAAUGGCUGCAGCCUUGGUAUAUAGUUUACUCACAGUACCUACGCCUGCAAAAGAAAAGCCACUGGAGACUAAAAGCAUGUACAAUCAACUUUAUCUACAUGGUGAUCCAUAG